CUUUCCGAGCCCAGCAAGGAGAGGUGAUGAGGAUGGCUUGUCGUCUGGACCCUCGAACUGGCUUCCAAAUGGCUGGUGAAUGGCUGAAGUACCAGCUCACAGCUCCUGUUGAUACUGGACCCAUGAACUCUAAGACAGGCGAAGGUCUCUGCUCCAUCUUCUCUCCAUCCUUUGUGCAGUGGGAUGCCAUGACCUUCUUCUCAGAGAGCGUCAUCAGCCAGAUGUUUCGAACCCUGGAUAAAGACGAAAUCCCAGUGAAUGAUGGCAUAGAUCUGCUGCAGCUUGUCCUUAAUUUUGAAACAAAGGAUCCUCUCAUCCUGUCCUGUGUGCUCACCAAUGUCUCUGCUCUCUUCCCAUUUGUCACUUACCGACCAGAAUACCUACCACAAGUACUUUCCAAGCUGUUUGCUUCAGUUACCUUUGAAGUUAUAGAAGAAAGUAAGUUUGUUAUGUCUGUCCAGGCUCCUAGAACUCGAGCAGUGAAGAAUGUGAGAAGGCAUGCAUGCUCCUCAAUCAUAAAGAUGUGUCGGGAUUACCCUCAGCUUGUUCUGCCAAACUUUGAGAUGUUGUACAACCAUGUGAAGCAGCUGCUCUCCAAUGAGCUACUUCUGACACAGAUGGAGAAGUGUGCUCUUAUGGAGGCCCUCGUCCUCAUCAGCAACCAGUUCAAGGACUAUGAGCGGCAGAAAGCUUUUCUGGAGGAGCUCAUGGCUCCUGUUGCUGGCUUAUGGCUCUCUCCAGAGAUGCAGAGAGUCCUCUCAGAUCCUGAAGCCUUUAUCUCCUAUGUGGGUGCAGACAACAAAAUUGCUGAUCCAGUCUUGGAAGAUCCUAGUGGCCUGAAACGCUCUAGAAUAAGCUUUUGCGUGUACACCAUUCUGGGAGUUGUAAAACGAGCUCGUUGGCCUACUGUUCCUGAAGAGGCAAAAGCUGGAGGAUUCUUGGUGGGGUACAUGCCCAGUGGAAGUCCAGUCUACCGUAAUCCCUGCACUGAGCAGGUCCUGAAGCUUCUUGACAAUUUACUUGCUCUUAUAAGGACUCACAACAAUCUCUACAUGCCAGAGAUGGUGGCUAGGCUGGGGGAGACAUUUGCAAAGGCCUUAGACAUGCUGGAGGUGGAGAAGAAUGCCAUCCUAGGUCUCCCUCAGCCUCUGCUGGAGCUUUAUGACUCUCCUGUUUACAAAACGGUCCUAGAAAGGAUGCAGGGCUUCUUUUGUACCCUCUACGACAACUGUUUCCACAUCCUGGGAAAUGCAGGUCCCUCCAUGCAACAGGAUUUCUACACCGUUGAAGGUCUCGCCACCCAGCUCCUUAGUUCAGCUUUCAUCAACCUCAACAACAUUCCUGAUUACAGACUGCGUCCUAUGCUCCGUGUGUUUGUGAAGCCCUUGGUACUCUCCUGCCCUUCAGAAAACUACGAAACCCUUGUCUGCCCCAUGCUGGGACCACUCUUUACCUAUCUGCACAUGAGGUUGUCUCAGAAAUGGCAGGUGAUCAGCCAGCGAAGCAUGCUCUGUGAGGAUGAUGCUGCAGAUGACAACCCUGAGUCUCAGGAGAUGCUUGAGGAACAGCUGGUCAGGCUGCUGACCCGAGAAGUCAUGGAUCUCAUCACUGUUUGCUGUGUGUCUAAGAAAGGUGUUGAGCAUAACACUACUGCUGCUGUAGACGGAGACGAUGAUGAGGCGAUGGCCACGGAGGUGACUCCCCCUGCCAGUGCAGAGCUCACCGAGCUCGGCAAGUGUCUGAUGAAGCAGGAGGAUGUUUGCACUGCACUGCUGAUCACUGCCUAUGCAUCCCUCUCCUGGAAGGACACCUUGUCGUGCCAAAGAACCACAACACAGCUUUGCUGGCCGCUGCUCAAACAGGUGCUUCCAGGAAACCUCCUGCCUGACGCUGUGUCCUGGUUUUUCACAAGUGUGCUGAAGGGCUUACAGACACACGGGCAGCACGAUGGCUGCAUGGCAGCUCUUGUUCACCUGGCUUUCCAGAUCUACGAGGCCUUGCGCCCUCGCUACGUUGAGCUGAAGGCAGUGAUGGAGCAGAUCCCGGACAUCCAGCGGGAUUCUUUGGAGCAGUUUGAUUCAAAGCUUCUCAACCCAACACUGCAGAAGGUGGCAGACAAGCGCCGGAAGGAUCAUUUCAAGCGCCUCAUCACAGGUUGCAUUGGGAAGCCCCUCGGGGAGCAGUUCCGCAAGGAGGUUCAUAUCCGGAACCUCCCAUCUCUCUUCAAAAAGGUGAAGCCAUCACUGGAGACGGAUGUGCUAGAAAAUGAGGAUGGAGAGGGCCUCACUGCACUCUUUGAGCCCUGAGCCUUGGAUGCUGCAACUGUCUCCUCCCCUACCUUCUGUUUUGUCUCUCCUCAUAGUAAGCACAUUAGAUUCUCCUUGUCAUCGCCUCCACAAGCGUUCGUCUGAAUAAAGCCCCUUACGGGUCCUGUCCCAUUCUCCUCCCUACGCUGGGACGGGGCCUGCGGUGGCACUUGAACCAGUCUAUUAAGCUUUCCCUGAUUCCUUCCCCUCCCCUCCAUUGGAUGAGCAUCUUUAGACCUCUGCUUCUCUGCAGGGUGGGAGCUGAGCCCAUAGACUCUGUUAGGUAAAGCCUGGUCAUCCUGUAGCCCUGGGUCACUCUUGCUCCACUUCUUCAUCCCUUGGG